AUGAUAUGGGAGAUCCUCGUCCGCCUGCCCCCCAAAGCCCUCCUCCUCUGCCGUGCCGUCUGCCGUGCAUGGCACCGCGCCACCUCCGUCCGCAACUUCCUCCUCGCCCACCACGGCCGCCAGCCCGCUCUCCCCCUCGCCUCACAAAGCAUGAACUGCGGCGACAGCUACUACCAAAACAUCAUCACCUUCAACAAUCGGGCCACCGACGCCCAGGUCCAAGACGUUGCCCGGGUGCAGCUUGCUGACACGAUCCAUCUAGAUGCCUCCUGCGACGGCCUCCUCCUUUUCACUGACAACUCGAUUAGUCAGCUCGAACAAAAUGGCAGCACGUAUGGCACCUGCUUUUCCAUCUGCAACCCGACCACUCGUGAGCAUGCUCGUCUGCCCAUGCUUUCUGCCUUCCUCCCGUUCGGAAUGUACCGGCACCGUCCUACAAGCGAGUACCGGAUACUGCUGACUCAGGAAAAGGAUGAUCCCGCAGUCAACGCCUUCUUCAUCUUUGCAUUGGGCUCAGCCCAGCCACCGAGGAACAUCGGGGGGUGGCCGAGGGAGAAGGUGAGUGUCUGGGGGGAUGAUGUCCUGCUCCGCGGUAGCCUGCAUUGGCACCUACAGAAACAUGAGAGCAAAAGCAGCCAUAUAAUGGUAUUCGACACCACAGCCGAGUCGUUCCGUGAGAUGCAUGCUCCGGUUGUUCUUGAUCCUAAGCGUGCUAAUCUGUUUGAGAUGCAUGACCAGCUCGGCAUGUCAAUCCUUAAUGGUGAAGUGAAAAUCAUUGAUAUCUGGAUGAUGCAGGAUUACAAAAGUGAGGUUUGGGCCUUAAAAUAUCAGGUUGAAUUGCCGGUUGCAUAUCUCAAUGAGCGGUUUGGUAAGAUUGUUGAAAAUUGGAAAGUGGCAGUCCACUCUUGCGAUGGUGAUGUGCUCGUGCUGGUCAGAUUUGGCGAGUGGCUACUUCACUUUGAUACCAAUAGCAGGUUGGUGGCCAGUUUCAAUCACGAAGGUCUCCAUCUCGGUCAACAUCAGCUCCAGCAAACUCUCGUUCCACAUACCUUCUUUAUGACACUAGACGGUUAUUCUGUGAACCGUCAGUGCUUCUAA